AUUACGAAAUUAGUUAAAUAAAUACAUGAGUUUGAGGUGUGAGUGGUGAGGCGACUGGUUGUGAUAUCGUGACAUACGUUUCUUGUAAUUUGUGUACCUUUAAAUUUUUUAAUUUAUAACUCACUAUUUAAUGCGUGCUUUUUUAAAAUCAUGGUAAAAUUAUAUACUAACCGCAGCAAUCCUGCUGCACUGAAGUUAAUAAUUGCAAAUAAUUUUUCUUCGGCCAAAGUAAAACUUGACAUAACAAUAGUUAACCUGGACGGUCGUACCAUUUCAGAACCAAAGUUUUUGCCUACGCUAGAAAUAAAUAAUGUACAAAGUAUAUUUAUGCCAAAUGCAGGAGCUUCUUACUUAUUUCCUGCCUCUGAAAGUAAUUUUUUUCCUGUAAAUGAAUUAUUAGAAUGGGAGGCAACUAUUUUGUCACCCUGCUUGGCUUAUACUUUAGGCAAUUCCGCAAAGAAUGAAAAAAUUAGGAAUAAUUUAUUAAUUGCUCUUAGGAAGUUAAACACUGUUUUAGAAAAUAAGAAAAAUCUCGUGGGAGAUUCAGUAACUGUUGCUGAUGUUGCAAUAUGGAGCUGUUUAUAUCCUCUAGUUAAAUGUGACAAACUUUCUAAGGAUUAUCUCUCGGAUUUGCCAAAUAUAAAUGGCUGGUUCUUAAGGCUGGAAAAUGAAGUGCAAUUUAAGGACGCCGUCGCAGAAUUUAAAAUAGAAAUCGGUCAAACGGCAUAUACUGCUCUUCUAGCAGGUGCAAGGUAUUUGGCACCUCCGUUGUUAGCAAGUGAUGCCCCCAUCAAAGAAAAGGAGUCGCCUCAACACCAUAUUGAAGCAGUAACCAGCGAGGAGCUUCUAGCUGCUAAAAAAGCCUGGAAAAAGAACAUAACACAGUUGCCUGCACUAAAAGAUCAAAAAAAUAUCGUUGUACCUACUCCCGGUGAGAAGAACAUAUUGAUCACUUCUGCUCUACCCUACGUCAACAACGUACCUCAUCUCGGUAAUAUAAUAGGUUGUGUUUUAUCCGCAGACGUUUUUGCACGAUUCUCUCGCCUCUGCAACUACAAUACUCUGUAUAUUUGUGGUACCGACGAAUACGGUACCGCGACGGAGACAAAGGCCUUGGAAGAAGGCUUAUCGUGCAAGGCUAUCUGCGACAAAUAUUUCAGUAUUCACGAUAAUAUUUACAAAUGGUUCAAUAUAAGCUUUAAUUAUUUCGGAAGAACGUCGACGCCUCAACAAACAGAAAUAUGCCAGGAUAUGUUCCUUCAAUUGAACAGCAACGGGUUUAUGUUUACCCAGUGCGUCGAACAGUUACAUUGUGAAAAGUGUGACAGAUAUUUGGCCGACCGUUUUGUAGAGGGAGGUUGUCCGAAUAUCGGCUGUAAUUAUCAAGACGCUAGGGGCGAUCAGUGUGAUGGUUGCGGAAAACUCGUCAAUGCCGUUGAGUUGAAGAAUCCUCGGUGUAAAAUUUGUGGUCAGACGCCUAAAUUGAAGACGUCGAAUCAGUUCUUCAUUGAUUUGCCCAAGCUCGAACCACUGCUGCACCACUGGAUAAAAAUCUCAUCCCCCGGUUGGUCAAACAACGCCCAAGUCAUCGCCCGUUCCUGGAUCAAGGAAGGCUUAAAGCCUCGAUGUAUUACCAGAGAUUUGAAAUGGGGUGUGCCGGUACCCUUGGACGGCUUCAGGGACAAAGUAUUCUACGUGUGGUUUGACGCACCGAUCGGUUACCUGUCUAUCAGUAAAGCGUACACGAAGGAUUUUCUAAAGUGGUGGAUUCCGGAAAGAGGCACAGAAGUUGCCCUGUAUCAGUUCAUGGCGAAGGAUAACGUGCCUUUCCAUUCGGUCCUAUUCCCCUGUAUGCUUCUGGGGGCGAAUCGAGGUUAUACCACUGUUUCGCAUAUUAUGGCAACGGAGUACUUAAAUUACGAAAGCGGUAAGUUUUCAAAAUCCCGAGGAGUGGGUGUUUUCGGUACGGAUGCUCAGGACACGGGCAUUCCAAGCGACGUAUGGAGGUUUUAUCUGUUGUAUAUCAGGCCGGAAUCGCAGGAUUCUAGUUUUUCCUGGGACGAUUUGGCGACGAAAAAUAAUUCGGAACUGCUUAAUAAUUUAGGAAACUUUAUAAAUAGGGCAUUAGUUUUUGCCAAAAACAACUUCAACAGGACGGUUCCAGAAAUAAAACCCACAGAAGAAGAUUACACGCUCUUGGCCUUGUGUACGAGGGAGUUGAAGGGUUACGUGGCUGCCUUGGAAAAGGCGAAGUUGAGAGACGGUAUUAGGCACAUUUUAUCGAUAUCGAGGCACGGCAACCAGUACAUGCAGGCUAACCAACCAUGGGUGCUACUCAAGGGGUCAGAUGAUGAAAAGAUCCGUGCCGGCGCCGUUAUCGGAAUUUGUUGCAACCUGGCUUGCUUGUUGGCAACGCUGUUACAGCCGUACAUGCCCGACACCAGCGCGAGCCUACACAAACAGUUAAAUUCCUCCGAUAUCCUGAUUACACCAAGCAAUUUGGAAAUCGUGACCUAUCUUCCCGCCGGUCAUAAACUAGGCGAACCGUUUCCUCUGUUCGCCAAGAUCGAACUAACGCGGGUCGAGGAAUUAAAGAAGAAAUUCGCCGGCAAGCAGGAAGAGAAGGAAAACGGGAAAGUCGACGUGAAGGUCAUCGAAGCGGAAGUAGCGAAACAGGCGGAAAAAGUGAGAGCCCUAAAAGCGAAAACUACGGACAAGUUGGUGUGGAAGCCGGAAAUCGACAUCCUGUUGAGUUUGAAGAAGAAGUUGGAGGCUGCACAGAAAAACGGACCCGUAGUAAAUGGCGGUCAGUCUCCGGUUGUGAAAAAUGGGGUAAGCCCGGACGAAAUAAAAAAACUUGAGGAAGAAGUAGCCAAACAAGGUUUGAUCGUAAGAAAACUAAAAGAAGGGGGAUCGGAUAAAUCGAUAUGGCAACCGGAGGUACAGAAACUGUUGUCUUUAAAAAAUCAGUUGCAGUUAGCUGCGGGGGAGUCGCCUUCUCCUCAGAAAAAUAAAAAAGGGAAAAAGUGAUAUUUCGUAUUUCAUUAAAAAUGUAUACCUUUUGAUGUGUAACAUCUUUUCUUCACGGUUUAUUUAUGUGUUUGUCUCGCAUAUUUGCUUAAUUUAAAAGGAUUUUUUUUUUGUAUAAAUUAUUUAUUUCAUGAUUAUUUAUUUUACGUUAAUUAAAUUAUUCUAUAUUACAUUUGUAAAUGUAAGGAUAAAUGUAUGCGUUACUACACAACUACCAUAAUUUAUAUCGAUAGAUACA